AUGCCAAACCACACAGUGAUCCUGGAAUUCAUUCUCCUUGGAAUUCCCAACACAGAAGGCAUCCAUAAUAUCCUCUUUGCUGUCUUUUUAUCCUUCUACCUGGUCACCUUGCUUGGUAACCUGCUCCUCCUCUCUGCAGUGAUCUCCGAUGUACGCCUCCAUACACCCAUGUACUGGUUCCUCUGCAAUCUCUCUCUGGUAGACCUUGGCUUCUCCUCCAUCAGCACACCAAAGUUCCUGGCCAAUCUCUGGGCAGGGAGCAGAACCAUCUCCUUGGGUGGUUGCAUGUGCCAGGUCUUCUUCUACCACUUCCUGGGCAGCACCGAGUGCCUUCUCUACACAGUCAUGGCCUAUGACCGGUAUGCAGCCAUCUGCCAUCCACUGAGAUACACCAUCAUCAUGAACCAGAAAGUGUGCGCCCUUUUGGCUGCCGGCACAUGGUUCACCAGCUCAUUCCAUGCCACCAUCUUGACCAGCUUGACCUUCACCUUGCCGUACUGUGGCUCCAAUGAGGUGGACUAUUUCUUGUGUGACAUUUUCCCAGUGGUCAAGCUGGCUUGUGCAGACACCUACAUCAUUGAGACAGUGAGCUUCACCAACAUUGGGGUGGUGCCGAUGGCCUGCUUCUGCCUCAUCCUCACAUCCUAUGUCAGAAUCGCCAUCUCCGUGCUGAAGAUGCGCUCAGCGGAAAGCCGACGCAAGGCAGCUUCUACUUGCGCGUCGCAUCUGACCGUCGUUUGCUUCUUCUUUGGGCCUUGUGCGCUGCUCUACACUCAACCAUCCCUGAGUGAUGUGUUAGCCACCCCUAUCCAGAUUUUCUGCAAUGUGGUCACCCCCAUGUUGAAUCCAAUGAUCUACACUCUGCGAAACAAGGAGGUUCAGGCAGCAUUUAGAAGGAUGAAAGGUAAGAAGAGUACCUUGUCAAAAGUGUGA